AUGGCGGUAUCAAGUACUACUCCGAGUGAAGCUUCACUCUCUGAUUUCGGAGGACCACGACGCCUGAUCACUUCGCAUAACGAUGCUGGAAAUGCAGUGGUCGUCUCUGCCGAUGACUUGCAAUGGCAGUCAAUGCGAGAAGGCGCCAUCUGCAUGAGCCUCAUAUACACGACAUCUGAGCCCACGCCAAACUUGAAUCAAGAUCUCGAUAUUAAGAAACACGAGGAGAAGGUGACAGGGGGUCGAAUUGGUCUCGUCUCACCUGGAGGUAGCGUUUGCCGAAUGUGCGACUUUUCACCAAGUAAUGACCCACAAAUGCAUCGGACGAAGAGCUUAGACUAUGGGGUUGUCAUAGAGGGGGAGAUGGAGCUUAUUCUUGAUUCUGGCGAGGUGCACCUCAUGAAAAAAGGCGAUGUCGCUAUACAGCGAGGAACAAUGCACGCAUGGAGGAAUCCUAGCUCGACUCAAUGGACCAGGAUGUUGUUUGUAUUGUUAGAUUGUCAAGCCUUGGACGUCGGAGGACAAAAGCUUGGAGAGUCUUUGGCACCUGGACAGCACGAAAUGGUUGCGAGUUCAAUCGACUGA